AUGGAGGAAGAUGAUGAUGAUCUCUACGAUCCGACAGAUGUAGCGCCUUCUGGUUCCUCUGCAGCUCAGAACACAGAGCACCAAAGCGGAGACAUAGGCAUGACAGAAGGACAAGGCCACGAAGAGGAGGAGGCAGAAGAAGAAGAAGAAGAAGAAGAAGAAGAAGAAGAAGAAGACGAUGAAGACGAUUUCAAAAUCAUCACUGAAGCUCCCCCAGAGGUAGUUGCAGAGCUUACUACACAAACUUCUCGCCAUCCCGCGCAUCGAAACGAACCCCAAAAAUCUGCAACUGAUCCUGCCAGUGCAGCCUCCAAAGGUGCAACACUGCACCCCACUCCAAAGCCCGGGACGCCGUCCGUAACUCCUGCUGCCACCACGAAAUCUGCAGCUCCUCAAAAGCCAGGGUCCUCAUAUCCGGCUCACCAUACGUCGACGAUCGAUGUAUCGGCUAACCCUGUCCACCCUUCAACCAACAAACCGAUUCUUUCUACGGAUUUAGAUUCAGAUUUUCCUACGGAAGACGAUAAGCCUUGGAGAAGACCCGGCUCAGAUAUCAAUGAUUAUUUCAAUUAUGGGUUUGACGAGUUCACAUGGGCAAGCUACUGCCUCAAGCAGCAAAGCCUGAGAAAAGACAUUAACGACCAAAAGUCGCAGAUGGAGGAUAUGCAGGCAUUCCUCAGUCUUCCUGGAGGCCUGCCGGGAAUGCCGGUACCAGGCGACCCAGCACCGCCUCUUCCUGGACUAAUACCUGGAGCGGUGGCUGGCGGGGGAGGGAGCGGAGGGAGCGGAGGAACGGGUGGUAGAGGUACUCCCGGCCCUCCUCAAGGAGCAGCUGGGCCAGGAUCACAGAAUGCCAUGCCGGGGAUGCCUUCUGGGAUGCCAGAUCUCUCCCCGGACAUGAUGCAGGCAGUGUUUGCCGGCAUGAUGGCCCAAGGCAUGGACCCUUCAUCAAUGGACCCAAUGACUUUCAUGCAACAUGCACAGGCUAUGAUGGGAGGUGGCCAGCCUGGCGCUGGUAACCCUCAGGUGCCUCAAACCGGGUAUGGAGGCCAGGCUGGUGGACAAGCCUUUUCUGGACAAGCUACCGGGCAGGAACAGAUGGGAUACGGGAGUUAUGACCAGCAUGGAGCGUACAGCAAUCCUGGUGCAAGGGGGAAGGGCAUGCGAAGAUGCUAUGGUUGUCUUGGCAUAUUUUCUGGAAAUUUCUUGGGGGUUUUUUUUUCCCUUAAUCGCGAAGGUGAAAACAAAAACUUCUUCCUUCUUCUUCUCUUCUCCAGUUUCAACUUUGAUGCAAUUACAAGUUAUAGCGUAAAGAACCUCGCUCCUCUCCUCGACCGUGUCUUGGUCCAGCGUAUCAAAUCUGAAGCGAAGACUGCCUCUGGAAUCUUCCUUCCGGAGAGCUCUGUCAAGGAGCUCAACGAGGCCAAGGUCCUUGCCGUUGGACCUGGAGCUCUGGACAAGGACGGCAAGCGAAUUGCCAUGAACGUUGCUCCAGGUGACCGGGUUUUGGUUCCCCAGUUUGGAGGAAGCCCCGUAAAGCUUGGAGAAGAAGAAUACUCCUUGUUCCGAGACCAUGAGUAUGUUGAUAUAAUUCUUCCGCCGUAA